AUGUCUCAAAACUACAAUAAAGACUCUUUCGAUAGAUUUGGAGACGACUUAUGCCAAGAGUUGUUGUCUUAUAUGGCAUUCAAAGACCGGUUUCGUUGGGAAAGUGUCUCAAAACAGUGGCAAAGAGUGGUAUUCAAGAGUCAGUUGGCGUUGAAUAUCAACAGAGAGUUAAUUGACGACAAUUUCGGCCAAAUUUUGAAUGACGUGUCGUUCAAAGUGUCCGAAGACAACGUCCAUUGGAUCAGUCAUUUGAUGGCAAAGUUUGCGAAACAAAUGACAAGCAUUUCAUUUGAUUUGAAACACAAUGGGAUGAUUGAUAUGAGGUAUGAAUGGCUGGAAAUGUGCGUUCAUUUGACAACAAUUCACAUAUUGUUUACCGAUUUGUCGCAAACACGGCUCGCAUUCAGUCCGGGAAAUGAUUUGCAUUACAAACGACUCACGAGUAUUCACUUGACAUUCAAUGAAUCCAAUGAUCACUUAAUUGACAUUAAUUUGAGUGAAUUUGACUUUUUUGCUCACAAAUACGACCACAAUAUUAAGACAAUUGGAUUCACGUUUUACUCACUUACCGGCGAUUAUAUGGUUAACAGACUAACGGAUAGUUUGUCACGAAUGCCGGCAUUGAUUGCACUGAAAGUAAAAUUCAAUGAAUUUGUGGACAAUUUAUUGCCACAAAUUGGUCACAAGUGUCGACAACUGAAGAGUUUAACCGUCGAUACCUCGCAUUCAAUGGAAACGUUUGAAGCGAUUAAUGAAUACUUUAAACAAUUAAAGCGUUUGGAAAUCAAUGUUUGGGAUUCACGACGACUGUCCGCCCAUUCACUCAAUUCAUUGAAACGAUUAACGCAUUUGAAACUAUUUUUUGUCGACACAUCGUUUACCGACUCAUUCUUCAUUAAUUGUCACAACAAAUGGCCACAACUUCGGUAUCUAAGAGCCAAUCGAGUGGUGAUUACAGACCAACUGUUGAACGCGUUGUCGAGACUGAGACACAUCCGACACAUGCAUCUGUUUGGUUGUCCCGUUCCCACUCCAGAGGCCAUUCAAAAUGUGGUCAUUAAUUACCCUAAAAUUGAUUGUCGUCUCUACUCGGCUAACGAUAGAGAAGAGCCACAGAUUGAGGAACUGUUUCGUAAACUAAUGUCCGGACAAUCGGUUCCCGCGAAGAGCUCAUCGCAUGUGAAGUCUAACCACUCGUCAAAAAAGUGA